CACUGCGUGUGCAGAGAGCUGCAGAAAGAGAGGGGGGCAUUCUCAGAUUUCCCGACUUCUCCCAGCCGUUCCGCCGCUUCCACAUCACCGCGGCGAGCCGAGACGACAUGCGCCCAGCUCGCCUCAUUUCCGCGGCCAUUACUCAAAACAACGCACGAUAACGGUUGCUGUCGCUCAAACGGAGAUAUUCUGCUGCCAGGAUGACGUCGUUUGUCUCAUGAGAUCGUUCUCCAAUCAAGAAUAUUAAUCAAAACGUAGCCAGGACAUGGUUGGGAAGCUGGCAUGAUGAGCAGGUGAUGGAAUCUUCCAUCAUUUUCACCUGCCAUUGACUCCUCCUGUCAGCUUUCCCUCAGAGGCAGAAGUGUGUACCUGCGAUCCGAGGCCUUCCACUUCUCUGCCAUGGUGACAUAAGCAGCCUUGCAAUAUGAGGGAGAGUCACCGUGAAACCAUCUCAUUUCUUUCUCCAGUAGCUGCUGCAGCUGCCACUUCGACACUUCCUGUGGUUUCUUCCAAAAAAGACUGAUUUUUCGUUCGUGAACAGUCACAGCUCGCCGUUUUCAACCCUCCCGUGGGGGGAGCGGUGUGGCGAGAGACGAUGCUGGGAUGCGUGUCUCGCCUCCGUCGGCUGGUCCGUCUCCUCCCUCUGCAGAUGUCUCUCCUCCUCCUGUUUCUCUUCUGCACCGUCAGCGUCUUCAUCUCGGCCUACUUCCUUUAUGGCGUCAAGCGGGAGCUAGAGCCAUCAGCAGUGGGCUUGUCAGGGGCAGAGGGUGCCUCGGCCGACUCGGAUGACCUGAGGGUCACGCCAUCUCGGCUUUUACCACUGCGUAGCGUCUCAGGAGGCCCCGGAGUGGAUCCUGCCGGGGCCAGGACAGAUCCUGUUGUUCUGGUCUUUGUGGAAAGUCAAUAUUCUCAACUGGGCCAGGAGAUUGUGGCCAUUUUGGAGUCUGGCCGGUUCCAGUACCGGACUGAGAUAUCGCCUGGGAAAGGGGACAUGCCAACAUUGACGGACAAGGAAAGAGGACGUUUCACACUGGUGAUUUAUGAGAACAUUCUCAAGUACGUUAACCUGGACGCGUGGAAUCGAGAGCUGCUGGAUAAGUACUGUGUGGAAUAUGGAGUGGGCAUCAUUGGCUUCUUCAAGGCCAACGAGAACAGUCUUCUGAGUGCACAGCUGAAAGGAUUCCCCCUCUUCCUCCACUCCAACUUGGGUCUAAAGGACUGCACGGUCAACCCCAAGUCACCCCUGCUCUUUAUCACCCGAUCCGGGCAGCCACUGCCCGGGCCUCUCCCUGGGGACGACUGGACCGUUUUCCAAUCCAACCACUCGACGUACGAGCCCGUGUUGCUGGCCAAGACCCAAUCGGCUGAGAGCAUUCCGUCCAUGGGACAGAAUGCUGCUCUGCUCCCUUCGGUGGUGCAGGACUUGGGCCUUCAUGAUGGCAUCCAGAGAGUCCUGUUUGGGAAUAACUUGGUCUUCUGGCUCCAUAAAUUGGUGUUUGUGGAUGCCGUGGCCUUUCUUACUGGGAAGAGGCUCUCGUUGUCCCUGGAACGCUAUAUCCUAGUAGAUGUGGAUGACAUCUUUGUGGGAAAAGAGGGCACCCGCAUGAAGGUGCCUGAUGUAAAGGCCCUGCUGGAGACGCAGAGGGAGAUGCGCACCCACGUUCCCAACUUCACCUUCAAUCUGGGCUUCUCAGGGAAAUUCUUUCACGCUGGAUCAGAUGAGGAAGACCUGGGCGAUGACCUGCUGCUUUCCUAUGUGAAGGAGUUCUGGUGGUUCCCGCACAUGUGGAGCCACAUGCAACCCCAUCUCUUCCACAACCAGUCUGUGCUGGCUGAGCAGAUGCUGCUCAACAAAAAGUUUGCUGUGGACCAUGGAAUCCCUAUCAACAUGGGCUAUGCUGUGGCACCGCACCAUUCAGGCGUCUACCCUGUCCACCUGCAACUGUACGACGCCUGGAAGAAGGUUUGGAGCAUCAAAGUGACUAGCACCGAGGAGUACCCGCACCUCAAGCCGGCCCGCUUUCGGCGGGGUUUCAUCCACAGCAGCAUUAGCGUGCUGCCCAGGCAGACGUGCGGUCUGUUCACACACACCAUCUUCUAUAAAGACUACCCAGGCAGCCCCAAUGAGCUGGACAAGCUUAUCAACGGGGGAGAACUCUUCCUCACCGUUCUGCUGAACCCAAUCAGCAUCUUCAUGACCCAUCUGUCCAACUAUGGGAACGACCGUCUUGGCCUGUACACUUUUAAAAGCCUCAUGAUGUUUGUCAAGACAUGGACAAAUUUAAAGAUGCAGACCCUGCCGCCAGUGCAGCUGGCUCAGAAAUACUUCAGCCUGUUCCCAUCUGAGAGAGAUCCACUCUGGCAGGAUCCAUGUGAGGACAAAAGGCACAAAGACAUCUGGUCCAAAGAAAAAACAUGUGAUCGCUUCCCCAAACUACUUGUCAUUGGCCCUCAGAAGACAGGUACAACGGCGCUCUACCUGUUCCUUAGCAUGCACCCUGACCUGACCAGUAACUACCCCAGCAAGGAGACUUUUGAGGAGAUCCAGUUCUUCAAUGGCCACAACUACCACAGAGGCAUUGAUUGGUACAUGGAGUACUUCCCUCUGCCCUCCAAUGCUAGCUCCGACUACUACUUUGAGAAGAGUGCCAACUACUUUGAUUCCGAGGUGGCUGCUCAGAGGGCCGCAGCGCUCCUGCCCAAAGCCAAGAUCGUCACCAUCCUCAUCAACCCCGCUGAUAGAGCGUACUCUUGGUACCAGCACCAAAGAGCCCACGAUGAUCCAGUAGCGCUGAAAUACUCAUUCCAUGAUGUCAUCACCGCCAGUCACGAGGGUCCGGCCAAGCUCCGGGUCCUCCAGAAUCGAUGUCUGAUGCCAGGCUGGUAUGCCAUGCACCUGGAGCGCUGGCUCAACUACUACCAUUCCGGCCAGCUGCUGGUCUUGGAUGGGCAGAUGCUGAAAAGUGAGCCCGCCUCUGUUAUGGAUAAAAUCCAGAAGUUCUUAGGCUUAACUAACAUCAUCAACUACCACAAGAUCCUAGCGUUUGACCCCAAGAAGGGUUUCUGGUGCCAGCUGCUGGAGGGUGGGAAGACAAAGUGUCUGGGGAAAAGUAAAGGGCGCAGGUACCCUGAUAUGGAGCCCGAGUCGUUGGCGCUCCUCAGGGAAUACUACAGGGAUCAUAACAUCGAGCUGUCCAAGCUGCUGUACAGAAUGGGCCAGCCACUCCCCAGCUGGCUCAGAGAGGAGCUGGUUCACACCAGGUAGCAACCCAAACGGGGAGAGAAAAGCAGACCGACAAUUUCGACACCACCUCAGCGCCACCACCACGUUGAAGGAGGUCGUUAUUCUAUAACUGUUUGUGGAUGGGAUGCCCAGCCGGAAGUCAGAACAAUCACUUCUGCAUUCUGUGAUCUUCCAAAAAGUGUAGGAAUCUAAUGGGUUACUGAGCAUGAGGAAUCACAAAUGGAGCUUUGCUCUCUCUGAGCUUAGAGAUGCCGUGAACCUUUCAGUAUGACAAGCCAGGUCCUCGGAGGUCCUCUUCAAAGCCAGAGGAUGAGGAAGCACUGCAUUGGCUUCCCCCCAUGGUCGAAACUUCUCUCCCACAUGAGAACUUGAACUAAAAGACCCAACGAUGUACCGCGUGCAAAGGCUGUGUUUCAUAUUCCGUCUUCACCGUUUCAGUUCUGGAAAUGGACCGCAGUCGUAACCAGUGUCAAAGUGCUGAUGUUUCCAGCACAGAACGCGAAGGGACAGAGAGACAUUUGUUUGACAUUUGCCUUUGAGGAAGUUUGGACAUUUGGUUGCAUGCGGCAGCCUUUUUUGAUAGGCCUUGCUAGAAUCUUGUAAUUUCAUUUACAGAUGCCAGGACAUAAUCUCCAUUAGACUAUUACAAUUUGGAUGUUUGGGUUGUUGUUUUUUUGAAGACUGUUUGUUUUUCAGACAUUGUUCUGUAGCGUCAUGAUACUUGUAGAAUGUACCGAAAGUAAAUAUCAGAUUCCUCCUUCAGGCCGAAUGCAGAGGACAUCAAACUGCUGCCUGCCAUCACUUGGCCACUGAAUGGGCAAAAGCAGAAAGUGAUUGACUCGUGUCGAAAGCACAAUAUUUAACGGUACUCAACAUACAUCGAACUGGAUGGCACACGAGCAUUUGGUUAACCAGUCCAAUCUGUGAAGAUCAUAAGCUAGCUGCUCUGUCAGAAACUCAGUGUAAAGAACAUGUUUUCCCAUACAUGUUUUCUUUCAUUUCAUGAAAUAAAUAAGUCAACGACACAGUGUAAAAAGAUAUGUCUUUGGAAACUGUCAAGGCAAAACUUCCCACAACAGGCCAAACGGCACCACACCAGACAUGUUUUGUUUUAGGGUUUGAAGGUGUUAUCACUGCAACUAGAUGUCAAAAAUAGAAAACAAAAAGCUGCUCUUACUGCAAUAGUUUUGUACAGGGUUCUGACGUUAGGAAAAAAAAAUGCACACAGCAGUCUUCUUUUGUUUCUUGACUGUAAAUGUACAUAACUGGCUCCCCUUUGGUAGACCUAAAUUAUUUGAAUGUGUUUGGCUCUCCAUUGGUGUGCGACGUCAGUGUUGUGGGGAAAUUCAAUGCGAUCGUUUCCUCCAAUGUCCUCUCACUGCCAACUGUUGUCUCCAUAUAAAGUAUUAACGUGAUAACACAUAACAGCAAUGAUGGUACUAAUAAUAACCUGGACUGUAUGAUAAAGAUUUGUAAUUGUUGUCAAUAAUUUUUACAGUGUAACUAAUAUUGUCGGUGCUUUUUAAUUUGCAAAUAAAACACCACUGUAUUUUUCACAA